AUACUCAAGGUAACACUCCUUCCAUGACUUUAUUCACUGCACCUUCCCCAAGGCCACAUUCACCUUUAUCAGUAAGGUAAAUGAUGAUGGACUCGGAACCAGGGCUCACUGAGUGGAACACUGACCUCAUGGACUGCUUUGAAAGUGCCAGUACUUGCUGCUACGGUUUCUGGUGUUGCCCCUGCAUGGCAUGCACGGUGGCAGGGAGAUACGGAGAGAACCGAUGUCUGCCCUUGUUUGACAUCAUUGGCCCUGCCUUGUGUGUCAUUUGCGAGAUCCCUCUAAUUGUGCCUCCCGCAGUCUUGUCUCUGAGGGCAAGCAUGCGAAGCAAAUAUGGUAUCAAGGGCUCCCUUUGUAAGGACGUUGUUGCUUCCUGCUUCUGCAUGUGGUGCAGCUGGUGUCAGAUGCACCGUGAGCUCAAACACCGAAGCCAAGCUCCAACCAUCAUUAACGUGGUCAACCAAACUGUGGUCUCUCAGCCUUCUCCUAUGAUGAUGAGCAUGCAAGACCCUCCUCCCUAUUACGUUCCUCACCAAAAGUCGCAAUAUCCGCAGAGCUGAGGCCGAUUGUCCUUCCUUUACCGUCAGCCGGUAUUUGAUUCAUUUGUUUUCUUCCUCACUUAUUUAAGAAUAACCAUCUCGGGUCACCUCUUAAUUUACCUAUGGGAGGGGCACUGGUUUAAAAGUCAAACUAUUAUUCAUCACUUUCUGUUAUUUACAUGAAAUAGAACACUUGGUAAUUUGUCUUCAGUGGUAGGUCUGUCAUUAUUUAUUUAUUUAGUAUGGUUACUGCGUAACAAUGACCAAUCUGGCAUGAAGGACAUAUUCUUUCUUGCGCAACUCGAUGUUUAAUUUCCGAGGGAUGUUGUAGACAUAACCAUUUAAAGAUGCUUUCAGAAAUGAUACGGAAAUCAAGUAUUUCACAUUGAUACUUAAAACAAGGCUUGGAAUAGGUUUUGGGAUUUUAUUAAACAAUAACUAUAAACAAUA